UCUCUCUCUCUAUAUAAAUAUAAAUUUACGCUAUUCUUGGUUCAAGCUGAUCCUUAUCCUUUGUUCUUCUUUCACGCUGCCCUUAACCUACACCGACUCGCCUCUCUUAACCUGCGCACCCUUGUAUCUCGCUCUGCCUGUACCGUCUGAUCUGAUCCGAAAACAACAAAGAGAGCGACCGCCGAUUGAUGAGAAGCAGCCCUAUCAUCUGGAAGCCCAAAAGAAGGAGAAGACGAAGGGGGAGAGGGUAAAACCGUCAAAAAAAGAAGCGAUAUUCUCGAUCAGCCAACUUGCGGUACCGAUGGAGGUUCUGGUGGGUCCCGUAUUCGGCAUCGAAGUUAGGGACCGGAGCGGCGUCGCCGUCGUUCCCAACGACACCGAUCAGCGCAGGGUGGCGACUUGCCUGUUUUUGAAGGACGAUGAUGUCGGCGUGCCGGGGAAGGCCCUGGAGCAGGACGACGACUUGUCGGAGAGUUCGUCCUCGAUCGGAGCGCCAGACGAUAGCGAGGACGAGGACAACGACGACGUUUCCUCGAAGGAGGUGCGGAGCGGUUUCAACGGUGGAGGAUUUGCUUUUUUGGGUUCAUUGGAAGACUCUCUUCCCAUCAAGAGGGGAUUAUCGAACCAUUUUACAGGGAAAUCAAAGUCGUUUGCGAAUCUAUCGGAAGUGAGCACAGUGAAGGAUCUGGAGAAAUCGGAGAACUCAUUCAACAAGAGGAGGAGAAUUUUGGUGGCGUCCAAGUUGUCGUCAAGGAGAUCUUCCUUCUACAGCUCUUUCAACCCUAAAUCCAUGCCUCUGCUGGCUCUCAAGGAAGAUGAAGAUGAAGACGAACAACAUCAAGAUCGACAAGGAUAUCCAUCAUCAUCAUCAUCAUCAUCGCCCUCCUCGUCAUCAUCGUCGUCAUCAGAGAAAAAGGAACGACAAGAAGAAGAUCGAGAUAAUCCGGAGAGACUAGUAAAAAAAUUGCUUGACAGGAGGUUUUUGAGUUUGAAAUCAAGGAGUUGUUUUUCUCUCUCGGAUCUGCAAGAACACGAUGAACAGGAAGAUGAUAAUGAUGACGAUGAUGAUUAGCUUAGCAGCUGCUCUUUUUUUUUUUUUCUCUUUCUGUAGUUGUUUCUUUGUCCCACUCAAAAAACCAUUAGAAAAAUAUAAAAUAUAAAAUAUUAUCCUUUUUUUUAA